AUGUCUACUGAAGAAACUCCUCGUACUAUUGGGAGCGACGCGUGGCUUGGUGCUGGUAACUACGAGCCUGGCAGUGCGUGGAAUACUCGCGCCACCGACUUUUUCAAAGUUGUGAAAUGGGGAGCGGUGGCUGCUAUUGCUUCCCGACUCAGGGGAGGUAUUUCCUGCAGUUUCGCGGACAAGUUCGCGAUAGGGAACUUCAAUAUUGUUCGGAGGCUGGAUUUUGACGACGGCGUCAGCUGGGUAGCAAGAGUUCGGCUCCCACCCAUCAUCGAUGGUGUUGCUGACCGUGGGGCCCUGCCAGUCUCGCAAGCCAUAGAAAUGGAAGCUGCAAGCAUCAAGUUUUUGAGACUGAAGACAUCGAUCCCGAUCCCCGAGGUUCAUGCCUACGACUCUUCGCCAGACAACGAGGUAGGCUCUCCCUUUAUUUUAAUGGACUACAUCCAUGGCACUGUUGCGUCCGAGCUUCGCGAACUACAGGGCUCUGCUUAUGGUCUCUUUGGCACCCCCGAGCAAGACCGCAAGUUUCGCGACCAAAUGGCCCGCAUUCAGGCCAUAGUUGCUUCACUCCAAUUCCCAAAGAUAGGUUGUCUCUACUACAACAAGGAUAAAGACGACUUCUUUAUCGGAAAAGAUUUGGAAACCGGCCAGGGUCCGUGGUCGUCAUCCACCGACUACUAUGACGCCCUUACCAGUUACUUGCUGAAAUCGGUGUCGGAAGAUUAUCUACGCGAAAGCACCUCAUUCAUGCUGCCGUCCAUUCUCAACUAUUUGUUGCGUAUCCAGGGGGAAGAGCAGGAUGGCCCUUUUCGACUGACAAAUCGCGAUUUCGGAGCGCACAACAUUCUCGUCAAUGGAGACUUUGACAUUGUUGGUGUCAUUGACUUUGACGGUGUCAUGGCCGCUCCGCUCGAAGUGGUUGCCCAGUAUCCGGAUUCCUCUUUUCUGGAUGUCGAGCCGCCAGGAGUGGUCGAGACACGUCCUCUCGCUCUUGAAAGGAUUGCGAGUACUCUGCCUAAGUUGGAGAGCUUCAAGGAGAUGCUGGCCAAGUGGGAAGGAGCGGAGGCCGGCGAGGUCAAGGUUGCCGAUCGCCUGGGAAGUACCUCUGCAUGUGCAUACCAAGAAAAAUCCUUCAACCGCCAUUAUACUAUGGAGAACGUCAAGGAGCAGGUCAACCAGCUCAAGUACAACGUCGGCUGCAAGAAAUGCGGCGCCAAGGUGAAGAACGGAAUGAAGUGUGGAAAAUGCGGUGCCCAGAACUAG